AGAUACGGAUUCGGACCUCGAGCCGGCGGAUUUGCGGCUCCGAGGGUCAUCCACGCAAAGGAACCUCGCCAUGUCGGCGGACGAGGAAGCGGCCUUCCGCAUGACCGUGGGCCGCGGCCAUUUUAGUCGGUCGAAGAAGGACCGCUUCCUGAACCACCUCAGGCUGGAGAAGAGGCUCAACGAGAUCAACGACAAGUUCUUCGACGUCGACUUCAGGGGCCACAGCCUUCCUCGUCGGCAUUCCGGCGAGCUCAGGAAGAUACUUUGAGUCUGGCUAGAUAAUUCGGGUCGAGAUUCGCGAUCUCCUGAUCUUCAUCUUGGCCGAGUCAUGGCGGAAAUUUCUCCCACUCGGAAUCGGGGACGUGAAACGCUGGUCUAUGUACUAACUGGGUAGCCGAUGCCGUACAAAAGGACGUCUCGAAGCGACCACAGCGCCUCUGGUUGUGCGCGCAACUAAUGUCGUAGUAUCUGCGCAUGCGUGAAAACAACGCGUCUUUUAACUGUAGAUAGUACAACAAAUGUAGAAUCAGUUUAUCAGAUGAAAUUGUCAUUUUUAUUACAAUUUUUACGAGAAAUA